AUGAAAUUUGGAAUUUAUCCUAUUUAUAUGGCUCUUAUUCUACAAUUCUCUUUUAUAUCUACGCUAUUAAACAAUGAGACUAUAUUGAUUAGAAUAUUAUUAUGCUUCUCAUUGAUCUUUUCAUGUUUAUUACUUGUAAAUACAUCAUAUUGUCAUUAUCAUCAAGAUGAAAUCCAAAUUUUACAUUUGGCGUUAAAUCCCAACUUGGGUAAAGAGUAUGAAUAUUCAGAUGACUUAAUGUUUGAACAUAAUGAAACUUUAACAUUUUCUUCUCGACUAAUUUCAAGCAUUGUAAUAUCUUGCUUUUCUAAACCUCGCAAGGAUAAAAAGGUUUCCGAAGCUGAAAAUAAUGAAACGAUAUUAGUAGAAUAA